ACGCGCGUGAGAAGAAUGGACGACGAACACAUGCAAGCAGCGAAGAUUCGUCGCGAGAACCGCUCGCGAUCGUUUGAUUCUGGCACCAUACGACAUUCAGUCGACGCCAACUUAACAGCACUACAUUCUGAACAAACGACGUCGUCGCUCAGACCAAGUAGACGGACAAACAAGCGAGCGUUUUCGGAAAGCGGCCUAUCCGGCAAGAAAUUGGGUUCUGUACAGGGUAGAAGGAGAGAGAUUGAUCUUCUGCGCUUUCAUAGUCCCGGACCAAGAUUGUUGGCGGAUUUUAAUCCUGAGACAAGUGAUAGAGAACUAAGGAAGUUGAAGAGACUAACGACGCUUGACAGUGAGCUGGCUAGUGGACGUAGGCGACGUGGAGUGACAGUUUAUGAUGCAAAGGGCCGCUUACUGGUCAAUGGAAAGGAUAUCUGCGAUUGUCAAGUGUUACAUUGUUUGGGAUGUCACUAUCAUUGUACUAACUGUGGAUCAAGGAAAUGUGGCAUCGAGUGUCGAUGUGAACGUAAAUGGAUAUACGAAACAGAAGUUGAGGUAGAAAGGAUACCCGAUGACUGGUGGGACGCACACAAAAGCUAAGCAUGAGUCAAUAAUAUCAGGAAAUAGUAAUUUUGUUGGUCUCUGGCUGAUGCUGAAAUUGAAUUGGACAAGACGAGGGAUUACAAGAAGUGUUGGCGAGAUGACGAUGUCAUCAUGCACAUGGUGAACAAGGAAAACAGCUGAGAACAAAGUAAAGUGAUGCACACAGUUGAAGGAGUUGGAACGCGUUUUGUCAGAAAUAUUAGAAUCUACAGUAACUGUUGUUAGUUUUGAUAGUGCUACACUUUAUGUACUUGAAGCAAUGGUAUGAAUGAACUGAGCACAUGUCUUGAUUGCCUUAACAAUUAUAAUUAUUAAA